GAAUAAUUGCUUAACCCUACGCGUAUAAAUAUAUUUGUAGUGGCCAUACCCAUAUUCAUAUAUAGAUCGAUUUCUCUCUCUAUAUUAUUAUGUGUGCCAAAUAAGUUUUCCAGAUACAAUUGUACGUGGAUUAAAGCCAAACUUGCUUACAAAGCAUAUUAUUAAUUAUGAACACAAAUAUUGGUCCAAUGAUUCUUUCUUUCCUCUUUUCCGUUACCCAACUCUGCAUUAUUUCAAUGCUACAGCUGCCGCCUCUGACCGACGCAGCCGGUGGCAGGUGGCAACUCUUGCAGUCAAGCAUCGGCAUUUCAGCCAUGCACAUGCAGCUACUAAACAACGACCGCGUUGUACUUUUCGACCGCACCGAUUUCGGCAAGUCCAACUUGUUGUUGCCUGCCGGAAAAUGCCGUAAAGACCCCGCAGAGAUGGCUCUCAAAGUCGACUGUACCGCACAUUCGGCCGAGUACAACGUCAUCACCAAUACCUUCAGGCCUCUCACGGUACAGACCGACGUGUGGUGCUCCUCUGGUUCUCUAAUGCCGGACGGGACCCUGAUGCAAACUGGCGGUUUCAAUGACGGAGAACGAAGGGUCAGGAAUUUCAAGCCUUGUGGCGGAGCAACUUGCGACUGGCAGGAGUUGAAUCUCGGACUGGCGGUGCGUAGGUGGUACGCCACCAACCAUAUCUUGCCAGAUGGUAGACAGAUAAUCAUUGGUGGUCGGAGACAGUUCAAUUACGAGUUUUAUCCUAAAACUAGUGACAAAAAUAUCCACAGUUUACCAUUCUUAGCUCAAACAAAUGACAAGGGAGUAGAGAACAAUCUAUACCCCUUUGUUUUUCUUAAUGUUGAUGGAAACUUGUUCGUUUUUGCCAACAACCGAGCUAUACUGUUGGACUACGCGAGAAACCAGGUGGUGAGAACUUACCCCCAAAUACCUGGUGGGGACCCGAGGUCUUAUCCGAGUACUGGGUCGGCGGUUCUGUUACCUUUGAAGAAUAUUCAGGCCAAGAAUGUGGAAGCUGAGGUUUUGGUAUGUGGUGGAGCCCCGAAAGGAUCUCGUACUCUAGCCACGAAGGGGAUAUUCUUACCUGCGUUGAAUACUUGUGCCCGGAUCAAAAUAACCGAUCCAAAACCCAACUGGGUCGUGGAAACCAUGCCUUCAUCUAGAGUCAUGGGGGACAUGAUUAUCCUUCCAAACGGAAACGUUUUGAUCAUUAACGGUGCCGGGACGGGAACCGCAGCUUGGGAGUUGGGUCGCAACCCGGUACUGAAUCCGGUUAUUUACAGACCCGGAAAUAGAAUCGGGGCACGGUUUGAGCUUCAAAACCCGACCAAGAUUCCCCGAAUGUACCACUCUGCGGCGGUGCUCCUCCGUGACGGUAGGGUUCUAGUCGGUGGCAGCAAUCCCCAUAUAGGCUACAGGUUCAGUGGAGUUCUGUUUCCGACGGAAUUGAGCUUAGAGGCUUUCAGUCCAUCAUAUUUGGACAACCCGAAUCUUCGGCCGACCAUUGUUUUGCCCGCUUCGCAAACCCAGCUCAAGCAUUCACAGAUGUUCACGGUUCGGUUUCGACUGACGGGUAAUUUAAAUCCGAAUUCCGUGUCAACGACAAUAGUUUCGCCGUCGUUUUCGACCCACUCAUUUUCGAUGAAUCAAAGACUGUUGGAACUACCAAAGACAGGACAAGUGCAGAGUUUAGGGAAAUCAACGUACCAAGUAGAGAUCACAACACCUGCUUCGGGUAAUCUUGCUCCUUCAGGGUAUUAUCUGUUGUUUGUUGUUCAUCAAGAGAUUCCCAGCCAGGGUAUUUGGGUCCACAUCAACUAAUUGAGUAGGACUAUACAUAUAUAUGUGUAUAAGUAAUUUAUUGUUUCUUAUAUAUACUCUCUCUCUCUAUAUAUAUAUAUAUAUAUAUACAUCUAUUUUUAAUUGUGUAUAAGUGAAAUAAGUUUAUGACAUAAUUUUUAAUGUAUAAUAGUAAUAAGACAUUCGACCAAAGUGGAAUGAAUGUAUUCGACUAUAGAUCUUAGUAUCAUAUUUUUAUAAGCACAUUUAGUACGUAAUCAAUAAAAUUGUGAAGGUUUGGUGUUUA